CGAGCCUCUUCUCCAGCCCCGCUCGCCUCCAGCACCAUGUCCAUGCGGACUCUGCCGCUGCUCUUCUUGAACUUGGGCGGGGAGAUGCUGUACAUCCUGGACCAGCGGCUGCGGGCCGAGAACAUCCCAGGAGACAAGGCCCGCAAAGAUGAAUGGAGAGAGAUGGACAGAAAACGAGUUAUGAACGACAUCAUCUCGACCAUGUUCAACAGAAAGUUUAUGGAGGGAUUAUUCAAACCUCAAGAGCUCUAUUCCAAGAAGACCCUGAGGACUGUCUAUGACCGCCUGGCUCAUGCCUCCAUUAUGAGACUGAACCAAGCUAGCAUGGAUAAGCUCUAUGACCUGAUGACUAUGGCUUUCAAAUAUCAAGUAUUGCUGUGUCCCUGUCCCAAGGAUGUGCUGCUGGUCACUUUCAACCAUUUAGAUGCCAUCAAGGGAUUCAUCCGAGACUCCCCAAACAUCCUGCACCAAGUGGAUGAGACUUUCCGGCUGCUGAUAGAAGUGUACGGGGGUCUUUCUGCUGGGGAGUUCCAGCAGAUCCGGCAGACGCUUCUCAUCUUCUUCCAAGACCUGCAUAUCCGAGUGUCCAUAUUUCUAAAGGACAAAGUUCAGAAUUCUAAUGGUCGCUUUGUGUUGCCAGUUUGCGGGCCUGUCCCCUGGGGAACUGAAGUUCCCGGACUCAUCAGAGUGUUCAACAACAAAGGUGAAGAAGUGAAGAAGAUAGAAUUCAAGCAUGGUGGACACUAUGUCACUGCACCCAAAGAAGGUUCUUUUGAACUUUAUGGAGACCGAGUUCUGAAACUGGGAACUAACAUGUACAGCGUGAAUCGGCCUGUGGAAACUCAUAUGUCUGGAACAUCAAAGAACUUAGCCUCAUGGACACAGGAAAGCAUUGCUCCAAACCCUCUUGCUAAAGAAGAGCUGAACUUCUUGGCCAGGCUGAUGGGAGGAAUGGAGAUUAAGAAACCCAGCGGUCCUGAGCCAGGAUUCCCGUUGAAUCUCUUUACCACUGAUGAAGAAGAGGAACAAGCAGCACUAACCAGGCCAGAAGAGCUGUCCUAUGAAGUUAUCAACAUACAGGCUACCCAGGACCAGCAACGGAAUGAAGAGCUGGCUCGGAUCAUGGGGGAGUUUGAGAUCACAGAACAGCCAAGGCUGAGUUCCAGCAAGGGAGACAAUUUACUCGCCAUGAUGGAUGAGUUGUAGCUGUGCUAACCAGGCAUCCCCUCCCCACAAAGGGAGAAGCUGCUGGAUGACAAGCCCUGGGGAAUGCCCAGUGCCCAAAAUGAUGCUGCUAGUUUUCUACCCAAUGAAGUCAUUACCUCUGGUUCUUGUUUAUAUUGUAAAGGACUGUGCCAGACUCCCUCAGGAAGCACCCUCUCUUGAUGUCACACACAGACACACAUUUUCAGUGAAAUAUAUUCUGGCCUUUAAACU